GGGGUGGCGCGCAGCCUCACCCUGCGCUGCUCCCAACAGCCGAGCCGCUGGCUGCGCGCCGCCAAGAAGAGAGGCGCGGCUCUCCCGCAUGCGCGAGCGAACAUGCUCUGCAGUAGUGGGAGGGCGGCAAGGCGGCGCGCGUGCCCGUCGUCGGAAGGAGAGGGGGGGGGACAGAGGGUGUAACAGCGGGGCUAAGGCGUGUCCGCUGCCGCCGCGCGGAGGCAGGAAAGGCAGCCGGGCGCGCGCUUGAGGCGGUUGAUGCAGCCACCGGGUUGGUAAGUGUGAGAGAGAGACUGACUGAGGAGAGACGGAGCGGGGGGGGGGGGAAGGAGGGGAGGGAAAGUGUAGGCGCAAGCGCGUGCUCGCGCGAGGUUGCCAUGGCGCCGCUUGACGUCACGGGCUCUGUGUUGCCCGUGCGUUGCGACGCGGUGAUUGGCGGAGACCCCGUGUGUGGCGCUGGGAGAGCGAGAGCGAGGCUGCAGCGGAGCGAGCCGCGAUAUAGGCACAGUCCGCGCCGGUCACCCGCCUAGAGACUCCCGUCCCGUCGAGCCCGCAGGUAACGGCCUCGCUAGGCUUCGCCUCGCCGCCUUUUCUCUCCCCCCCCGCACCUUCCCCUUCCUUUCCGGGUAGGCGCUCCGGCGGCGGGAUCUGCUGCGGUUCAGGGGCGGCGGCGGCAGAAGAGCCCGGCGGGGGGGUGGGGUGCGGCGGCGGCGGCGGCUGAAAGGGGAAGAGGAGCGGGCGAGGCGGCGGCAGCGGGUUGGCGGCCCCCUUCUUCCCCGCACAGAAGGGCGGCUCCUCCUUGCCGCGGUGCUGGGCGACACCCACUGCCGCGGCCUGGUGGAGGGGAAGCCAUUCAUUCCCUCCCUGCGGCGGCGGGUGUCUCUCCUCCUCCUCUUCUCCCCCCCCCUCCCCAUCUCUGCGCGCGCUUCAGACCCCCCCACACAGGUGCGGCGGCGGCCCCACCUGCUCAGGCAGCCGCUUCUCGCGCCUCGCCCUGCGAAAGGGGGCGAGAAUGGAGGGCAAAGGCGGAGGGCUGAGCUGGGCGGCGGCGCCCCUUUCUCUGCCUCGGGCAAGGCUAUGGCAGGUGAAGGUCCGGGGCGGUGCCCCUUGGCUACUCGGACCGGGGGGAGCUGAUUCCCCCCCCCCCUUCUUGGGAGGCGAGCGCCUCUACCUGUGAGGCAGACAUGAUGAAGGGGAAGGUUCGCCGCCGCCCUCCAGCCUCCCUUCUCUCUCCGCCACCCAUAUUCAUAUUAUCUUUGUUGGGGUGGGAGCUGCUGCUGCUGCUGCUCCUCCUCGAAAUGCGGGGUGCCAUGUGAGCGGAGGAAGGAGGGGCGCCAUGUUGGGGAGUAGGAUGGCUUCCUUCCCUCUCUCUCCUUUCUCUCCCCCCCUCCCCAUUCGCUCUCGCUCCUUUCCCUUCUUCCAUCUCUCCGCCUCCCUCCCUUCCCGCGGCGGCCUUCUCUCUCUCUCUCUCUCUCUCUCUCUCUCGUCGGGCGGCUGGUUAGGGUGUGGCCUCCUGCCGGGAGCGGCACAUCCAGCCGGUGCGAUCUGCCGCCGCAUCGGAGGGGGCCGCCUUGAAAAGGAGCGGCGGGCGGGCGAUCGAGGCGGAGGAAAGGAGCGGGAGAGAAGGAGGAAGCGAAGGAAGAAAGAGAGGCGAGGGGGCGAGUGUGGGCUGCGGCCGCGGAGGCUCCCUCGGGGCGGGGACGGCAGCGGCGCCGCAGGGCGAGGGGAGAGGCGGCGGCGGCGGCAGCAGCAGCGGAGGGGCAGGUGGGCGGGCGUGUCUCUUCUCCUUCCUUCCCUCGGCGAGGCGCCGCCUGGGCUUCCCCUUUUUUCCUCCUUCUCCGGCCUGGGUCUGGGCGGAGGAGAUGCAGCAAUCUCCCCUCCCGGCGCGGGGCGGAGGUGGAGGGGGAUCAGCGCGCACACAAGUGGGCUGGGCUCUGACUCGGAUCCGCCAUGACAAAGAGCCCAGACAAGGCGCUUCAUGUCUCGGAGCCGGGCGGUUGCGGCGCUGGGAGGGGCGGCGGCGGCGGCAGCCUGGCCUGACUUGUCCUCUUCCCUCGCCCCGCCAUCCCUCUCGCCCACACCUUUCGCUUUUUGUACCCGCCCCAGCCAUGUUUCUAAGCCGUGCCAGCUGCAGCGGCAUACUCUCGGCCGCCUGUGCCAGGGAGUGCACCGAGCAGCACCAUUUUAGACAGCCGAGUCCUAGCUACACUGUGUACAGGAAAUCACCACACGAAUCUUUCCUUUCGGGUCAAAAAGCAAGGUUCCUUUUCCUCCGCAGUCUUCCCAGAUGCUACCAGGUUUGCAAGGGGAGAGGUUGGGUCGCUAAGCAGCUAACGUUCCCUGGCUUUAUUUCCAUAUAUUAAAUUGCCAUUCCUGAGUAGCAAAAUGGUUCUUGACCAAGAUGUUUCUCCGUCUUUAUGAGGGUAAGGUCACCAAAGUAGACAACACAGUGCAAAACCUUCACUCCUCGGCUGCUUCAAUAAAGUAGCUUGACAGUUGCAGCUUGGCAUCCUGAUCCUAAACUAAGUUCUGUUAUAAUAAGUGACUUGCCUCAUGACCUUAAGUUUCAUUGAUUAAGCUACUCAAGAGUUAUUUGCUUCCAACCCUAAUAUUGAUUGAGCUGUGUAGUAGCUAAAUUCAUUUGCUUUUGGGCCCAAUGACCCUGAUACCAAUCAGGAUUUUUUUAACCAUGUACAAGAAUGUAGUUUGAGAAAAGAGGGUACGGAGGUAUACUUGAGUAGCUUUUGAGAAAGGAAGAAAUGGCUCUCACAACACAUUGUGGUGAAAUUCUUAAGAUUGCAAACCUUCCAAAGGGUUUGGUGUUUCUCAAAAUAGCAAUGUGCUGAUAGUAGCCCCUUCAAACAAAAGGCUAAGAUCAUCUAGGGGACAGAUAGCAGAGGCAUCUGAGGGAAUAGUUCACAUUCCAUGCUUGAAAGGUUUUAUUUUUUUAAGAUUGCAGAGGCCAUAUCCUUCCCAAGAUUUCAUGAAUUUAAUAAAAAUGAAGAUUAAUUUGACCCAUAUCUCAACAAUAAUAUACAACAGGCAUGUCCAACCAGUAGAUUGCAAUCUACUGGUAGAUCCCCAGCUAAUCCUGGUAGAUCGUGGGACCCUUAUCAAUCGUGGGAUUAAAUAAAGUUUACCAAAAGUUAACAAAUAAAAGCUGAAGAAUUCUGGACAAUCCUACUCCCAAAAAGCUCAACGACUCUGGGCAAUCCUUGGCAAAAAAAGCUCAACAGCUCUGGGCAAUCCACCCACUCCAUGAACGCUCCUCCUCCCUCCAAUGACAAUGGGUAGAUCACUGCCAAUUUUUUUUAUACUGGGAGUAGAUCGCAGUCUCUUGGGAGUUGGACAAGCCUGAUAUAGAACUUUGGAAUGGGCCAUUGAAAUUAGUGGUUUUUGCAUCCAAUAAAUGUGUGUCAGUUGCAAUGUGCUCUUUACAUUGCUAAGAGAUAGCUGAGUUACAAAUGAUUUUGCCUGACAGAUGUCUAAAUAAUUAUUUGAUAUUUUUCAUUCUCCAGAGAAAUCAGCAUGGAUAAAAACGAGCUGGUGCAGAAGGCCAAACUGGCUGAGCAGGCUGAGAGAUAUGAUGACAUGGCAGCCUGCAUGAAGUCUGUGACUGAGCAAGGAGCAGAAUUGUCAAAUGAGGAGAGGAAUCUUCUCUCUGUCGCUUACAAAAAUGUUGUAGGAGCACGUAGGUCAUCUUGGAGGGUUGUGUCAAGCAUUGAACAAAAGACGGAAGGUGCUGAGAAAAAGCAGCAAAUGGCCCGAGAAUACAGAGAGAAAAUUGAGACUGAACUAAGGGACAUCUGCAAUGAUGUGCUGGUGAGAAUUAAGGCUCUAACUACUUCCCCCCACCCUAAGUAAACCUUCAAGGGCAGAUAACCCUCUAGUAACACUCAGUAUUGUUUAAUCAAAGUGUAAAGCUGUUUAUAUAAAACUUCUAAAUAUCUUCCCCUGCCACCUAUAGAAAACCAAACAGUGGUCUUAACUUGCUUCUUCCUAAAACUUUGCAGCUGGAUGCUUGUAGCAAAACGCUUGUGUAAUAGUGACACAAUCUGCCCUAUUGACACUUUCCAUUAAGUUGUCACAUAGAUCCCACUUACCAGUUAGAAACUGGGAGGAGUAAAGGACUUUUCAGCCUAGUUUAAUUAAAAUAAGUGUGCUUUCUUCAUAACCUAGAGGGUGCUGUGUGUGCUUUCUAUGAGAAGUUGUAAUUCUCACUAUAGAAAUCAGGCCCCUCCCUGAAUAAGAUGAUGUAAUGUUAGCUGUGACUCACCCAUGCAGAACACUCUGCAAGAGGGAGGAGGAGGUAGCAACAGUGCUAUGGGCCUACCUUAAGCAAAGCCAUAGCAACUUCAAAGCAAGCUGACUCUAUACUUGUGCUGUUGGCAACAAUUUUUUUUUACCUCAUAAAAUCUUUUAAAUGAAGAAAACACAGUUGUGUACUUUUUCCCCCUUGGUAGCAUUACUAUUUUAUUGAUGUGCCACUCAACUAAUUGUUAGUAUUUGUUUUUGCUAAAGAUGAAGACAAUUUCAUUUCAACAAGAACUUGAGGAAAAAAAUACUUUGAUGCACUGAGUCAAGUCAUAUGAGCAUAAUUACCAUGGUUUUUCCAUCUAUUUUGUAAAACCAGCUGUACAAAUACUUUGGUGAGUUCAAAGGCCAUCAUGUAUAGUUGAGCUCAAAUUUUAGAUACACUUACUUGAAGGUCAUUCGUUUAUCUUGGAUUCUUGCCAUAUUAAAAGCAUUGAGGAAAGUAGAGGGAUAAUCAGAUGCAUGUUGUAUAUGAAAUGCAGUUUUUGCUGAUAACUACAUAAACCUUCAUUUCAGACUAGUCAAACACCAUUCUGUCUGAAGCAUGGGUGUGGGAAAGGAGCCCAUACCUUAUCUGUCACAUCUUUCAUUAAUUUUUUUAAAUAUAUGUAUUAUGUGUAAGAGACAUGUGAUAAAUCAGAUGUUUAAGUCCAUUAAUUUCAUCAGAUAAAAAUCUGAUACCUACCUGACAUUCUCAGUUGACAUUGAUCCCUUACAAUAUCAAAUAGUUGGCUCCAUUAUCUUCACAGUGUGUUUAACUAGGUUUUUCCCAUCCAGAAAAGUUUCAAAGAACUCUGGUUAAUGUUAGCAAUACUUUCUUUAAAGCCCAUAUCCAAUGCAUGUCUGAAUUCUUUUUUAAAAACCUCAUUGCAUUCGCUACUGGAAAGCUAAAUAUUUAAAUCACUUGGUUUCAAUUUCUGUCUAUAUUGGAUAAAAGACCCGCUUGGUUUAUACUAGUUGACGCCUAGACUUCAGGAGAUUAAAUCUAUAGCUUUAUUUGUAAAACUUGAAAAAGUGCUCAUUUGGAGCUUUAUAUGUUGCUGUGGUAAAGGGAAAUACUCUAUAAAAUUAGGAAACCUAGAAAAGUAGCUUGUAACACAGAUGCUAAAAAAUUCCUUGCUCCCUCGCAUUCUCUAAUAGCAUACUAAAAAGUAUCUCAGUUAGAGGAGCUCCUAUAUUUUAAGAGACUGGUGGACUAGUGGAGCCUUUCUGAUGAUGGAAAGGAGGCAGGAUUUGUCUUUACCUGAGUCGUGUGUCCAAAUCAGACCUUUCUAUUAUAUUCCUGUAGGUGGGAGCACUGGCUGUUGGAUAGAAACUGUUAGGUAUUGGGGGAAGAUAAAAAGCGAUACAUAAAAACUUACUGGGUUAGAAAGCUACAUUUAAAUCUGGGUGGCUAGCAUGGUGGCAUCCAGAUGCUGUUAAACUACAAGUCCCAUCAUCCCUGACCAUUGGGCAUGCUGGCUGAGGUGGAGAGGAGUUGGGAGUUCAACUUCCAGAGGUUAUAACGUUGGCUACCCCUCAUCUAGAUUUUGCAACCAUUUACUUCCUCAUUGACAGUAGCUUUUUCUGGUUUCUUUAUUGGACUUAACAUAACAAACAGAAGCCAGGAACAGGCUUUUUAAUAUAGUGCAAACUUUGGGCUUGGAAAAUUGAGAGGGGGGGAAGAGAGUUUUAGCUUUUUUCCUCCAAGCCGUUGUGCGUUCCCCACUGAGCCCUUUGCUCAGUAGUAUUUUCCAAGCCUAGUUCUGCUCUCUCCAAGUCAGGCACAAUUUCUAGGCUCUGAGUAAGGUGUAAAAGUCUUGUCAAGCUUCAUUGUUUUGCUUUGUGUUUAAAGGAUAAGGUGUCAACAUACUGCCCCUUUCUGUAGGAAUGGGGGACAGACAGGCAGUGUUGUCUCCAUGUAUGGCACAUUACUUCCUCAUAAAUGAAUUACUAUCACCUUCUAAAGGGAAAAAUAAAUGUGCAGUCAAGUACAUUGAGUGAUGUGGAUGAAGUCUGCUCCGUGUGUGUGUGUUUUUUAAUUGGUUAUAUUAAUAUCCUGCUGUUUCUGCAACACCGUUUAAACAGUUUGACCAUAUCAUGUGCCCUAAGGCUAUUAUCUGGGCCAGGUUUUCCUCCUCUGCCCUAGCUUGCAGCCUGUUUGCAGUAGCAAAAAUUCACACCCCAUGUGUAAGCAGCCAGCUCUUAUGCAUGCCCAUAGAGAAGCAGGUGAUAUUUGGGCAGCCUCUGACUUGUGUGAAUGUUUCAUUCCCUUUGGAAAUGGGAAGAGCGGAAAAUUCCUUGUGCAUGCAUGGAACAUAGCACUUGCGAUCGCAUCCUUGUAUCACCCAUGUUCAGAAGAGAAGCCAUGUGAUUGCAGAAAUUGUAUUUUGCCUGUGUUUGAAGUUGCAUUUUUAUUAUUUGAAUUUUGCUCUUUGUAAACUUUUCUAGGAUCCACUGGGCACUGAGUAGUUUAGAAGUUAAAUAAAGUUUGUGACAGUUGCACGUAUAGGCCUUGCACGCUGGCACUAGCUCAGGGGUCCAGUUUUCCACCGACCACCUUUGUCAUAGCAAGGGCAGUGAGGCACUUGAACCUUUUUCUCUUAUUUGGACAUGGGGAGAGCAGGGAUCAUCCUUGCAGUUAUACAGAGUUUGGAUGGUUCAGUGCAAGGCGCCCCCUCCCCAAGUCUUAGCUCUAUGCUAGCCAGGACCAAAGUAAUUAAGUCCCUAUUUUCUCUCGACUUUAUAAAUUUGGAGCUGAGCAGAGGGCUGUCUUGCUCAAGGUAAUUGCAUUCCAUUGACAUCAUGGAAAUAAGCCUCCUUGUGUUUAAAUGAAGCACAAAUGGAGUUACCUUUAUGGGGGCAAGAUCUUGGUGGCCACCAAUUCUGACCUGGCUAUCAAGGCACAGCUAUAAAAUGCAAAUUUCACUAAAAUCCUCCUGAAGAGAUGGCAGAGGAAAGUAGUUGGGUAGAUGGAUUUUCCACACUGGAUGAUUUAAUCAAUUUUAAAUUGAUAUAAAAUCUAAUUUCCAUUUUGAUUCCUGAGCAAGCAUAAAUAAUGUGUUUUCCCUUUUAUGACAACCUAUCAGUUUGCAGUGGAAAUAAAUCUUUAUACCGACUAUAUUGGCCGAUAAUUCAGAACCUUUGGCCCCGUAGGCCGCAUUGCUUUGGAUUAUAAAUUGUAAGUAUACUUAGGAAUUGGAGCUGGUUGUGCAACAAUGGGUUUCUGUUGGGCUGGGUUGGUGUAUUUGAAAGGACAUUUUUAGUUUGUAUAUCCUGCCCAGUGAAAUAAUAAGUUUUAAUAUCUUUCUGAACUCAGUUGUGGACUAAGUGUCCACACCUGCACAGGAGCAGGGGCUGAUAAUUACUGGGCAGAAGUGUUUUGGUCAUGAGAUGGAAUGUGUUCAGGUUCAGUGGUUUAGGAACCAGAAGUAGUUAUAAUUUACCAGGAUAAAUUUGUGGUCUACAGAGACAUACUGUACCUGUAAUUCUGUAUUCAUUAAUCUUUUACAUGGCAAAGUAGGCUCAAAUCUGGUGUGUGUAUUAAAGUAUUGGACGGCAUUUAAAUUGAUACAUCUUGUUCUAAAUCAGCAUAUUUUACGUACUAAAAUAUAUUUUAGCUAUAUAGGAAACUUUAAUUCUGCUAUUUAUAAAAUAAAUCCCAGGUCUGUUCACUUUUGUAAAAAAAUACAAGCAGCAUAAAAGCAAACAAAAAGACAGCCUGAAAUACAGCUUUUAAAGUUUAUUUUAAAUAUAUAUCCAUCUGAGAAUGGUUAUUUUCUGGGAUUAUGAGAACAAGCAAGUUUGCAUUCAAAUGAAAUAUUAAAUGUAGGCUUUUCAACAUGCUUGCUUUCCCCCCUUCAUAUAUAUUGGGGUUUUAGAUGAACUACCAAUUGGAUAGAAGACUAUAGUAUUAAAGCAUGUUAGUGUGCAUCUAUUCCUCUGUUAAGUGAAAAAUAAGCCUGUUGAAAUAAAAUUGCCUCAGUUUCAUACUUGGCCAACUUAAUAGGUCUUUUUCUGGGUAAUGUUUUAAUAGGCUUGGGUAAGGAUUCUAAACCCAAACUUCAAAAGGGUUCUUUUUGGAUAAAGGAAUGUUUUUACUGUUCCCUGGUAGGUUUGUUCUAUUCAUCAAUUAAAAUGUAUCCAAAAAAUUCUAUACUUAUUUUAGGUGAGAACAAAUUGCCUGCCUGUGUUGAUUUCAACUCUUCGGAAGGGUUGAGAUCUAGCCACUUAGCUUUGAGUACCAUUGUGCCAGGUCGCUUAAGUUGAGGUCAGGUUCUUUCCUUGAAAGUCAUAAAGUCUGUAAGGUUUAGACACUCUGCAUGGAGCCACUUUGGAAUUUCUUGCACCUGCCCUUAUGCUUAUACUUUUGUCACUUGCAGGCUACUUACUAUUUGCAAGGGAAUUCAUGUGAGUGAGUACUAAGGCAGUGGUGGGGAAUCGCUAGCCUCAGACCUAAUUAGACCCAUGAGGCCAUUUUCCCCAAACUCUGCCCAUCUGCCAAACACCUGAGUGUCUCGGAUCGGAUCAGCUGCACUUGUUGCGGGGGUUCCCAUUGGGAACUCCAUGGUGCCUCCAGUGUGGCUGCUCUCAAGUGUUCAUCUGCUGAUAAGCACUGAGAGGCGCUUCUUUGAAGAUGCAGUACCAAUCAGCUGAGAGCAAGCUCCUGUCAGCGCCAUUGAUUGGUGCUGACAGCAAACCUUCAAAGGGGCUGCUCACAGCACCCAUCAGCUGGUUGGCACCGAGCAGAGGAGCUCUUUUGAUGAUUUGUCAGCUCACUGGUGCUGUUAGCACGCCUUCAAAGGAGCUGACUCUUGGUGCCGAUCAGCUGAUAAGCGUUAAGAGGGAGCCCCUUUGAAGUAGUCACCUGAUGUCAUAAUGAUGUCAGAUUUGGCCUGGGGGGGGGGGGAGAGAUGCCAAGUGUAAUUUAUACUAAAAUUAAUGUACCAAGGAAUCGGGGCUUUUUUUAUUUGAGGCACACUGGUGUGGCUGUUGGCACAGAGAAUUAGUGCUAGAAACAGCUUAAAAAUCUUUUGGUAAGCUGCAGUUUUGCCAAACCAUAGUAUGGUAAAAUAAGUAUAGAUUCUGUUUCUUGAUAUACUACAGGUGUGCUGCCUUAUAUAGACAGUCUGUAAAAUUAGUUAUUCAAAUCCCAAUACACUUGGAUUUUUUUCACACUACUGGCGUUUCUUGUAAUAUAACUUGUAAUUGCUAGCAUGGUAAACCUGUAUUGUGAACUAGAAAAAAAAAUUCCUUUUUGAAAAAUAUAGCAGGUUUUUUACUAACAGAAGAUUUUCCUGACUACUAAAGGCAGUUAGUAUCAGUUAUUGAUUGAGAAGUAAUUGGCUGACACUCAAUAUUUUGUGAUGGCCUUGCAGUUUCAAAACAACAUACUUAAACUUGAAUAAAAUGCCAAAAAAAAAUUAAUCGUCUGCUGUGGCAGGAUGUGACUACAGGCUAUGUGGCAACUACUGUAGGUUCUAGCAUUAGUUUUGUAUAGUUCUGAGAAAAACAUGUUCAGACAUAAUUGUGGCAUUACCAUGAGCUUUUGAUGUGCUCAGUACACUUGUAAAGCCCAGCGUAACUGCAGAGGCAAGCCACCUGUGAUUUAGCACAAUGAAUAGGAGCUGCUUCUUAUGCCAAGGUUUAGAAGGCAGCAAGAUGUGUCUAGAAAAGGUCAGUGGCUCUUGCCAAAACAAAGUGGUGAGCUCUCAAACAUGUUUGUGAACUCUUAACUGCACAUUUAUAGGAACUGUAGAUAACCAUAGAUGUUAUACUUUCCCAUCUGUUAACUUCCUGGCAGAAAAAAAUUGUAAACGCAUCUGUUUAUCUCAUUUAAAACUAAUUCAGGUCAAGUGGAGCCCCCUCUUUUUCAGCAUAUCAAGAAAUUAAAAUAUUUCAGCCAAUUUACCGAAUUAUUGUUUUGGUGUAUUUGGAAGGAGCAAUAACCUUUAAAGAACAAACCCAUGCAUUUUUAUUUUUGGCUGUAUUGCUGUUAAUGAGCAUCUGAUCUCUUGUGGGACAAGUGAACUGUUCUACUUUGUCAGAGGGGAAAUAGAACAUUAAUACUGCAAUUCACCAAUAGUAUAAUUAACUGAAAUCCCCAGGUAACUUCUCUUAAUGCAUUAUCAGCAUCUGCAUUUGGGAAAUUGAAUGCUGAAUAGAUUUUCAUGUAGCUCCCAUCGUUCUAACAGGCCAGUUAGUUUGGAUACCCCUUACAGAAAGUUAGCUUGUUAGAAAAGGCUGUUUUCAACUGUAUCUACAGUAUAUAGAGCUCUAGACUUGUAGCCCUAUGAUGAGCUACUGAGCUACAGUAUCUCAAAUUUUGAAUACCUAUCUAAAGUCAAGGAUGCAACAUAGUACAUUGUGAUUGGGCAACACUUCUGUCUCUCUCUGCCUUUAUGUUCUGUCUUUUCAGAAUCCAGACCACUUAGUUAUUGAGGGGAAACCAUGAAGUCACUGACUGAGGAGUUAUUUAUGGUGUAAUUAGCAUGAAGUUUAGGAGCUGGGAGUUCACACCUGCUAGAACACUAAAGAGACUAGGGUGUAAAAGCUUAGGGCUGUGAACCAAGAUCCUUGGCUGUUCUGAAAGUCCAAGUGUGCCAACAGAUUGGGUGUCAGGGGUAGACUGCCUGUAGAAGGGCACUCCAUUUCUCCAUCAUACUGAAGGUGAUGUGCCACCUUUUAAAAGAUGUGAAAGGGAAAUGGUUCACUUCUGUAGUUGUCAUGUUUGCAUGGUUUUAGACUUGUUGGUGAGCUGGUCUGUAGUUCUUAAAACAAACGUGUACAGUGGUACCUCGGGUUACAGACGCUUCAGGUUACAGACUCCGCUAACCCAGAAAUAGUACCUCGGAUUAAGAAUUUUGCUUCAGGGUGAGAACAGAAAUCGUGCUCUGGCAGCGGGAGGCCCCAUUAGCUAAAAUGGUGCUUCAGGUUAAGAACAGUUUCAGGUUAAGAACCGACCUCCGGAAUGAAUUAAGUUCUUAUCCAAAGGUACCAAUGCUAUAAAGCCUUUACAGUGGUACCUCUGGUUAUGAACUUAAUUCAUUCUGGAGGUCCGUUCUUAAGCUGCAACCGUUCUUAUCCUGAGGCGCGCUUUCGCUAGCGGGGUAUCCCACUGGGCGCGCGCCUACAGCACACAAUUUCUGUUUGCAUCCUGGGACAAAGUUGGCAACCAGGAGCAGCUACUUCUGGGUUAGCAGAGCUCGUAACCUGAUGCAUUCAUAACCAGAAGCAUUCAUAACCAGAGGUACUACUAUAUUUCUAGAAGGGAAAUCCCAUGUUGCAGACAUACGCUCUUUCAUAGUUUGUUUCAGACUUAAGUUGGAGAAUACUGGAAGAUUACUGAGCUGCUUUCAUAAAUAAAAGGGUCAGGAUUCAGUCUGGCUUAUUUGACAAUCAUGAACAGCCUAUGCUGCUUGCUUCUUGGAAAUGUGGCUCAUCAGCUGAAUCCACCCUGAAAGUGCAUGUGUGCUUGCGUAGACUCACAAGAAUGUAACUUAGGCAAGAGCUGAGUAUCUGGCAAGUGGAAUGUCAAGCAUGCAGGUCUAGGAGGGGGAGAGAAAUACCCCUCCCAAUCCUACCACUUGCCUCUGCAACUGCUCUCCUUAGCUGCUAUGCCUCAGCCAGGGUUUGAGGCAUGUUCACCUGUCACGUUAAAGGAAGCUGGCUCAAGAAGGGGUCGUAGAAUAAAAGUGACAUGCAAGCAAGAGGAGGGUCAAUGUGUGCAUAGCCAUGCUGCUUCCUUUACAAAUGCUGCUGCUGUUUCAUAUAUUAGUAACAAACAUGGAUGGGAAUUUGAUGUCUGCUGUGUAGUUCUUAGUCUUGUCUUGUGGCUAGGCAAAAAAACUGGUGUGACACUUAAUUUAUUUAUUUGCAGUGGCAGCAAGCAGCAUGGAGUGCUGUCCUCUAGUAGUUGGUGCUGAUCCACUUACAUCUAGAAGCUCAUCUACCUAACAACCUCAUGAGUUGUGAUGCUGUGACUAGGGUAACUAGGAAAAGCCUGUAGAACUGCUGUUGCUGAUAAUAAUAGAGAGCAUACCUGUGCAAUGCUUUGUCAGUGGUAUGCAUGCUGGGUUUCAUUGUCAGUUCAAUUACAUAGCCUAGACUUUUCUGUCACUUUUAACUUUUGCUUGUUACUGAUACAGAACUAAUUGUAUCAUUUAUGUCAUCUGUCCCUACUGAACAUUUCCACUUUAUUCUGCUACAUUCUAGUGUUAGAGAACCAUGCAGUCAAAAAUAGGUUGAAUAUAUAAUUAUAUUAAAUUGGCUUAAAUCAGAAACCCGAAUGAAUGUGAAUCACAAGUGGUGUGGUGUUUUGCAUUUUGCAUCAUCCACAGCUUUACUUAACAAUUGUUUGAUUGCUUUUGGUACCCACUUAUGAAUUUGGCACAAGUUGUCAGAACACGGUUGCAUGUAUAUUGAGUGGUUUGCUAUUCUGCUUUUUCAUAUGCUUGCUUUCAAAUAUCUCUGUUUCAUUAGGCUUGCUUGAUUUUUGUCUAAUGUCACUUGCUCUUCAAGUAGCUGAAGAGGUUUUAUUUUUAAGGCCACUUAUUUUAUAAGAUGUCGCAUACACAGUUAACCCUGAAUCUACUCUUUUUGCAAAAGGGUAGACUAUAGCUUCUCAUCUGUGUAGUAUUGAAGUAGUAUCUAAUAAUAGGGACCAUGGUUAUCCUGGCAAAUUACAAAUACAGCUGGCUAAGAACAAAAGUUGCAAUUACUUGUCUUGGGAGGGAAUGCAAGUUGAAUAGGAUUAGAUUGCCUCACCUUAAAAGUGUGGCUGUCUCUUGAAUGGAAGGUUGGUGAUCGUAUUAAAAGGAUUAAUGGGUGUUACCAGCACCAGACUUCAUAUAGAGAAACAGCUUGAUUAUCUCCUCCUCCUGCACCAGCAGCAGUUUCCCUUUCAGCAGUUUCUCCUGUUACAGCCCCUCAAACAGUUUGAAAGUUCCUCAGAGUAACUACUGAAAUAAGCUCCUGGUUUGAGUGAAAAUGCAUUGGAUUGCCGUUAGUAAUAACUACACAUCACAUAAUUUAGGAUUGGACAGCCUCCUCUUACAAUCACUGUAUUCUUCUGCCUUAAUUAAAUAAAGUAGUACAGAAGUGUGAGAGAGGGUAUUCUCUGUGGCAGCCCCUAAGCUAGGUAAUUCCCUCCCCAAAGAGGUGUAUCUUGUCACCUUCAUAGUGUAGUUCUCCUUAUAUGCUGAAGAUAUACCUCUUUUACACCUGAAGUGUACAUUUUAGGAUCUAGCCUAUUCUCUUGAUUAUAGUUAAUUGUAACUGAUUUUAAUUUUGUGUUUUUAAAUUGCACCCCACCCUGGGACCUCAUGGUGAAUUUUAAGUUUCAUAUCUUAAGGGGAAAUGCUCCUGGCGUCACAUGUUGAAAGCUGGCAAUAUGCAUACUAGUUUUGACUCUUGAUAGCCACCCAUGAGAUCUUAACUCAGUUCAGUUAAGGUAAAACAUCUUCAAACAUCAUUAUUGCAGUUUGUCAUUGAUGCUGUAGUAACAAAUUUAAAAGUGAAUUAGGUGAAUAUUUUAGUGCUUCCCAAAUUUUUAUCUUGGCUAGUAGGGCAUUUAAAGGCCUUCUCAGGAACAAAUAGGUAUCUACUUUUCCAUGAGCAUCUUCCAUGUGAUUGGGUCACUUAAAUAUUAGCCCAUUCACGUGGGAACCAGUCAUGGAAAAGUAAACUAGGGCAGUCUUAAAGGGCCCCCAAGUGGCUUCCUUCUGAGGAGUGAAAUUUUCCUUAUCCUAAACAAUAGGACUGAGAGGAGACUUGGAGAAGGAGCCCAUGGGUUAUCACCGGGUUAUGAGUAGAAUAAAGCAUUGCAUGCACAUGUGCAAUAAUACUUAAGUCUUCUUGGUUCUUUAACACAAAGGGAGUGGUGGGCUUUUUCUUGUGUACUAGCCCAGUUGGGUAAAAGCUUUUUAGGCCCAUGGUAUGCAUAAUACCAUGAUUCUCCUUUCAGAAUACUUUCAGAUUCUCCAGUGCAGUGAUAAACUAUUAAAGCAUGUAGUAAACCCUGGUCUUCUGCGGCAUUAAAAUCAGAUGAAGCCAAGGUCCUCCUUACAUGCACAUCUGGCUGACACUAAAGCAGUAGCAUAGGAUCAGACUGGCAUGAGUUGCUGCCCAUUCUGUUACUUCAAAAACUUGUGAAAGGUAGACUUCCGCUUGUCUGUAGAGCUUGGUGUGUGGCACAACACCUUUGUAAAAACCUACUUUACUUCCUUAUCUCCAGGGUAAGAAUUGCCUCUGGGCAAUCCAGCAGGGAAGCAUUACAGAUAAGAUUUCAUUUUUUUAGACUUAGGUCCAUAUGGUUGACCAGAUGGGGGCUGGUAAUUUGGGGGGGUUAUUUUCAAUGAUAUAGUAAUAGACCAUUUACAGUGGCUUGAUUUCUGAUAUUACCACUAAUGGGGAAACUUCAAUGGCCACAGGCCAACCAGUGUGUACAAUUUUCUAGUUGUCGAUGUGUAUAGCCUUCUGAUUAUUCUUUGUUUUCAAUUGCAGUCUCUGUUGGAAAAGUUCUUGAUUCCUAAUGCUUCGCAAGCGGAAAGCAAAGUUUUCUAUUUGAAAAUGAAAGGCGACUACUACCGUUAUUUGGCUGAAGUUGCUGCUGGUGAUGACAAGAAAGGUACAGUGUGUUGGCUUCUUAGUGUCAAAAGUUCCCAUGAAAUUUUCCAACAGUCGGGUAUUUACUGCUGGAAUGUUACAUGUCAAUAAAGGAAACAAGUGCUGAGCGUUGCAGUAUUGUAAUAUUUUAAAGAUGUUGAUCUGAAGAAUUGACUUUCAGAGUGACACGUGAGUAAACAUAAUCAGCAGUUUAAAAGCUUUCGUAAGUGACUAUUAAUGUUAAUCAACAAGGUCUCAAAAUACGUGCAUUGGCCAUUUUUGCUAUUGUAUGCAUUCGUGGCUGACUGCAGGAGAGCUCUUUUGACAUUCUCUGUGUCCUCUGCCCAAUAAGUGUACUCUAGCGUUAAAGUAGAUUCUGCAAGGUGGAAUUGUAGAAUUGAAGUUCUUAGCAGUAGUGAAAAAAUGCAGCAUUAAUAGUUUACUCAAAGUGUGUCAGAACAGUUGGCAUCUAAUAUUUCAUGGCUGUCUGCUGUUGGUGUUUAGCAUGGUUGUCCCCUCCUGAAGGGACACAGUAGGAUCAGCUACAGGCUCUAAUGCUCACUUAUUGAGGAUCUGCAAGCCAGUCUUAGGAAUGAGCAGUGAUGAACAACUCGCCAGCAAGGGUGAGGAAACAGAGCUACAAAGUGGGUCAUUAUUAAAGACCAGGUGUUAGGAGGGUGGGGUCUGGUGAGAAGGAAGGAUAAGAGGCAAGCUGGUCAGGAGAGUCAGAGAGGUACAACACAGAGAAGGGAAAGACCUAAUGUUGAGCUGGAAUGAACAAAGCUAGAUCACUGUUAUCAGUGCAGGGAGGAAGCUAUAACUGAGAAUGGCUGGAAGUAGAAAGAAGAGCAUAUCAGAAGAUUCUGGCAGAAGGCCAAAUUAGAGGAUAAUAGGUAAAUAUUUAAGCCAUGCUUGGGACCCUGUGGUUGGAAGCUGGAGCAAGAUACAACACUGGGGUUCACGGGUGAACUGCCUCAUAUGGAAGGAAUACUCCAGGCAUUGAGGUGGCAGGUGAGGAUUCCAGACUCAGCCAAGUUAGUUUUUUUUAAAAAAGCCUCUUACAAAACCCUGAAUGGGAGCAAAGGUCACUUCCCCCUUGGGUACCAGGCAAAGGAGCUCCCUGCCAUAAGCCACAAAUACAUCUGAGUCAUGGCUGUAAUAAACCAUUGGUGAUUUCACAGUGUCUCCAUUUCUGCAGGGAUGAAACAUUGGUAGUUUGAGGUGCCACUCUUGGCUCAGCCAAUAGCAUGUGCUUAGAAAGUAAAGAAUAGCCUAUACAACACCUUUUUAAAAAACCAUUCUUAAAUUCUUGUUUAUGGUGUGACAAAAAGUGUACAGUGGUACCUUGGUUUAAGAACAGCUUAGUUUAUGAACAACUUGGAUUAAGAACGCUGCAAACCCAGAAGUAGCUGUUUUGGUUUGUGAACUUUGCCUUGUAAUAAGAACAUGUUGCACUUCCUGUUGAGUGUGUUCCAUUUGUAAAUUGAGUCCCUCACUGCUAUGAGAAAGCACGCUUUGGUUUAAGAACAAACUUGUGGAAGUUUGUAAACCAAGGUACCACUGUACUCUAACGCUGCUCCAGGUAAUUUUCCUUUAAAAUACAAAUCUGGACUGUUGCUAUUUUUUUCUGAUACCUUUUAUGGCAUAAUGUUGUUCAGGCAUUUCUAGAUUUCCACAAGUAAUGUUGUUACUCAAAUUUUGAAUUUUGAAAACCACUAUUCUCUACAUGCUGCAUGUAAAAGUGAGAGACUUUUAAUUCCAGUCUUAAUGUAUUCAAGUUUCAACUAGUCAAUCCCUUGCCCAAUGACAGAAUUCCUUGUACCUAAAACAUCCCUGACAGGUUGCCAAUCAAAUCCUCUCCCAAAAACCUCAAAAUUUCCAAAACUUCUAGGCAGCUUGUUUACUGAGCUACCGUAAUACAUGUAUGGAAAGCUUUCAAACUAUCCUUUAUCUCCCUGUAGCUUUUUAAAAAUUUGAAGGCUGGAUCACCACUCCUCAGCUCUAGUUGUCUUCCGUUUAGGAUAGUUGUCUUCAGUUUAGGAUUAAAAAAACCCCAGGAUUACCCUUUGUGUCCUCACUACAGCUGGCUUCUGAAUCUCUUCAAGUUUUGUAAAAUGUGUGGAGUUGAAAAGUAGGUACUUCAAAGCAAACCAGUCUAGUAAAAUCUUAGGUUCCCUGCAAAGGUGUUCAGAAGCUUUUACUUCCUUUUUGAUUAACCACAGCUUGCAGUGUCAAUUGAACCCAGACAAACUUGGUAACUUAAUGCUUGUAAUGUUCACUCCCUUAUUCUAGUCAUUCAUUUAAAAAAAAACCACUGGAUGCUUCCUUACAGCAGUGGCCUCUGUAGUAAUAAACAGAUUUAGCUAUUGUGUAAAAACUUGGAGUAGUUUCUAAUGGCUUUUUAUCUAGCUAUCUGCUAAACUUGCUCUUGUAUCAGAAAACAGGUAGUCUGGUGGAUUAUAGAGCAGUGAUAACUUUGUAGUACAGGCGAAAACCAUUUUUGGCGCGUCUAGUUGACAUGUGAUCACUGAUGUGUAGGUUCUUUUGGACCCGGGGGGGGGGCACUUAAAUAAGCUCUGCUGAUACACACAUGGGGGCCAGAAAUAGAACCACCAUGUGAAAUGGUUGCUGUCUGUGUUCAUUUUUCUUCUAGGUCAGGGAUGGCCAACUCCCAAGAGACUGCAGUCUACUCACAGACUUAAAAACUGGCAGUGAUCUACCCCCUUUUUAGGGUUUCAGGACAAAGUUGUUGAGCUUUUUUAGGGAGGAAAGCCCCUUUUUAAGGAUUCAGGGCAAUGUUGACCUUUUUUGGGGGGAGCCUGUGAUCUAUCACAGGUGUCCAGCGAUCUACCUGUUGGACGUGCCUGUUCUAGGUGGUUGCACUGCAUAUUUGUAACAGUCAGUUUCCCAUAAAAAAACCUGCUAAUCUCUAGCUCAUAGAAUCAAUCCAGGCUGCUUAUUUCCUCCCUGACUGUCUCAUAGACUCUCAGUCCUAUGCUCCAGCUAAGAUAGUUAUUGCUACACCUAUUACAUGAGCAUAAGGAGCUGGGAUCCUGGGUCAAAAGCACAAUUGCAGUGGAGAAAAGAAGCAGCAUUGCAACAGUGCCAGUGGCUCCCACAGAGUGCCUAAUAACUGCCAUUCACCAAUCCCAGUGAUUGCCUCCUCAGUUUUUUAGUAUUUAAUUAUGUAGAAUACUUACCCUACUUUAUAGCUCCAAGAAACUCUCAAAACAGCUUACAAAAAAUCACAUUCAAAUAAUGUUUGGUGUAAAGAACAGAAAUUAAAUGAUGUCUCUAUGGUGCCAGGAUCAUGCCAGUAGCAUUUUAUGGCCUCUGCCUUGCUACCCUUUGCUGUUUCCUUCUGUGCGCCUGGCAAAAAGCCUACUGUUUGGACUGAGCAGACCCCUGAAGUUGACUGAUUCCAGAUGCAGGGUGUUUCCCUCUUAAUUACUGAGCUAUGGAAUUAGUUUUGCUGGAGAUUAUUUUCCAGGCUGUGUGCUUAUGCCAUGUAUGGGAGGAGUAUGUAAGAUAAGCCAGUGAUUUCAGAUUAAAUGAUUUGAUUAUGUCUCUGCCAAACAGUACAGUACAGUAUUGUCUAUGCAUGAGUUGUCUCAAUCAUAGCUUGAGCAAAUUCCAGCUACUUAGCCCCUUUUCUUUGCCUCGGAGGGCCUCAGUAGGCUCUGCUGCCUACUAAGGCAGAGGUCAAAGGGUAGAAAUGAAAUCUUUUGCUUUCAGGACAGCACACUGAUAUCCUUUAGACAGAGCUGCAUAUGGCUCCAUUUGUAGUUGAUUUGUUCCGGUGCUUAUCUUCUGGCUCUUUUUUUGCCUGGAAUAAUAUGUCUUAGUUCUCACUGAAGUGGUAAGCUUCUUCCAGGCUGUGCCAUGGUGGAAUAUUUCUCAGUCCAACAAAUAGGAAACUAACAUGUCAAAAAGGGAAGGGUUUAGCAGGCAGGCAUGUCCAAAGUCCAUUUCGGGGGGCCUAAUCUGGCCCGCCAAUCGGUUUAAUCUGGCCCCUGUGGCAGUUUAUUUCCUGGGGUAAAAGCCUAAAAAACCCUCAACAACUUCAAUCCUAAAAGAAGCUCAACAACUUUGGGUAAAAUCAUAAAAAAGCUCAACAACAACAAUCCUUUAGAAAGGCCAACAACUUUGGUUGGCCCCCACGGCCCUUCACUGUAUCAAAUAAGGCCCUCUUUGAAAAAAGUUUGGACACCUCUUUUCUCUGACUUAAUAUUUUUUAUGUCUAGACAUCCUUUUAUUCACAAGGAGUACUCAAAAAGAAACAAAAAAGUGCUCUGUUGCCAAUUAUGUGCCCCAUUCUCUCUAAAACAGGGCAAAGAAAUGUAGUUAUAUAUAUUUGGGGUCUCUGUUCCCUUGCCGGGGCUUAUAUACUCCUGGUAUUGUGUCCUGAUUUGGUUACAGAGUAAGUUGGCAUCUCAUUCUCUUUCGUGGCAGAUGUGGUGGGGCAGCUGUCAUGGGCUCUACACUGACUCCUUUGAGGGAAUUGACCACUUUGCUGCUGCCAAGACAUGUAGGAGAUCCAAAUAAACUGGGCACGUGUAUGGUUACCUCCCAACACUGUCCACUCUCUUAUACUUUCAUAGCUAAAUCUAGUGUCGUAGAUGCACUAAACAGCUUACAAUGAUAUAAUGUCAGGUUAUGCUGACUAAAGGGGAUUGAGGGCAAUCUUAUGCUCCAACUAAGCAUAAUUCAGGGGUAGAGUUUCCAAAAAAAAUAUUCUAAGGCCUCUGUGUAUGGUUGUUCCUCCUUCAGAAAUUCUGUUACAUGCUUUCACUGCUGAUGUUUUCAUCAUAAUUCAUAAGAUCUCCAAAAAGGGAUAGCUUAGUUGCUCUUCUUUGUACCUGUUCCACUUCUAAGUCCUCUGAAUUGGUGGCAGGAAAGUCUGCACAGUAUUUGAAUUGACCUCAGUGCUUUUGUACAGCAUACCAAUUAUUUCUGCCACUUCUGGAAACACCUCACUGUAUUCCCCCAAAGUAAACUUGCCCUUUUUACAAAAAGGAGUCAUGAAUGAAACAGUAAUACUAAUAGCAAAAUUAUGCAUUUAGAAUUCUCUGUAGCUAAGGCAUUCAACUUUUUGCAAAACGACUAUUACUCUAUUUCAUGAGGUCGGUCUGUCAUUCCCAAAUUAAACUUUGCUGAGCGCUCUCUUUAUUUCUGCUAGUAUCAGUUGGGGUUUGUGCGCUUUCAGGAAAUGAAAGAAAAUACCCAUCAUUCUGGUUUUUGUUCUGAGUAUUGCAGGUUUUUGUAAUGCCGUGAGUGGUUCUCCCAAUGCUUUUGGUUUCUUUGCUUUAAAUGAUAAGGGCAGGUUUGGAGAUUAGUGCUGGGUGUAGCCAGGAAGGGAAGUAUCACUUCUGUGAGCAGCAAACAGAGACUGUUCUGAAUGUUUGCAGUACAGUGGUGCCCCGCAAGAUGAAUGCCUCGCAAGAUGAAAAACCCGCUAGACGAAAGGGUUUUCCGUUUGUCGAUGCGCUUCGCAGGACGAAUUUCCCUAUGGACUUGCUUCGCAAGACGAAAAUGUCUUGCGAGUCUUGAGAUUUUUUUUGCUCCCCCCCCUUUUUCUAAGCCGCUAAUAGCCUUUUAGCCGCUAAGCCUUUAAUAGCCGCUAAGCCACUAAUAGGGUUGCUUCGCAAGACGAAAAAACCGCUAGACGAAGAGACUCGCGGAACGGAUUAAUUUCGUCUUGCGAGGCACCACUGUAUUAGUAUUUGAAUUACUAACAUUGGUAAUAGCAUCUUCUUAGGGCCUCUUAAAUAAAGGUGGUUGGAUAUAUAGGUAGUCCAUUCCAACCAUGCCCAGGAUCAAUUGUAGAUAAAUAUGCAGCAAAUGUGGCACAUUUUUAGUGUCUAGUCCACAUACAACUUCCGUUGCCUGUGGCAGAAGGCUAUUGCUGCUUUAGUUUUCUGUACAGACAAAGAGAGUUUCACUUUUUAAAAUUUAUCCUUUGUUUCCCCACCAUUAUGCCAUCCUCUGAAAUACUGAAUUACUAUUGCCAGCUCUCUCUGACUUAGGCUAGAUAUGCCUGUUUUGAAAAGGGGUGUUUAAACGCCUUACUAACCUUGCUGCAGGUUAUCCAAACACAUUCGCAUAUCAGUGGGCAUCUUUCUUUAGCUAAUGGGCAGAAGCAUUAGCACUUCUUGUGGUUUGGAUGCUAUCUUCCUCUUGAUGAAUUACAGUAUAGUGUUCCACGUCUUUGCAGUAGCGUGGUUGUCAUUCAAAUCAUCUUCAGCAGUACUGUUGCCGGCCAAUUUACCUUUAUGUACUUCAGUGUUACAGGCCACAUUUGUCUUAAAUUUUGUAAACUAAAUGCAAUGCUUAACAUUAUCCAUGUUGCUUAAAAACAUUGCUGUUGUGAAGGCAAGAACCAGCUACUAGGAGAUCUUCUACUAGUCAGAAUUUGUGGGAGAGUGGGAUUUUUAGCAUUCUACAGUUUGGCUAGCAUUGUUGUUACUCUGACAUCUGCUCAUCAGUCAGUUGGAUAGCUAGCAUAGCUCUUUCUGGCCAAGAUUUGAACCUGAAAACUGUGAUAUGCUAGAAUUCUUAAUUGAAUCUAGAGUGUAUGGAAAGACAAAACCCCAUCAAAUUAGCCUUUAAUUUGUUUGUAUAACAGUGCAAUCCUGGGAGUAAACCACACUGAAUUCAGUGGAAUUUACUUCUGAGUAUUCAUAGCCAGGACUGAGUAGACAUGGUUAGGAUUGAGUAUAAGGUUUUAUAGAACAGGGUCUACUGGAUACCUGGAUUCAGUACACAUGGGCAUAUACUUCCUUAUUUCUAAUUAUUCUUUAUGGAUUUUAUUAACAGCUUCAAAAAUGCUACCUUCUGAAACUGUGUACAAUUCUUGUCCUAUAUACUAAGGCAUCUAGUCUAUGUUUGUUUUAACAUACUCCAAAGUGCAAUUGCUAACUUUGUGUUUACUUCUUUGGUUUUAAAGGGAUAGUGGAGCAGUCGCAACAGGCAUAUCAGGAAGCUUUCGAAAUCAGCAAAAAAGAGAUGCAGCCAACACAUCCUAUCAGAUUAGGUCUGGCUCUAAACUUCUCCGUGUUCUAUUAUGAGAUCCUGAAUUCUCCGGAGAAAGCCUGUUCCCUUGCAAAGACUGUGAGUUAAUAGUCUAAUUACUGCACUAAAUAAAAUAUUUUUGCCAGUGUUGCAUGUACAAAUGUACUUUUUUCCUUUCUUACAUAGGCUUUUGAUGAAGCCAUUGCUGAACUUGAUACGUUAAGCGAAGAAUCAUACAAAGACAGCACACUAAUAAUGCAGUUACUGAGAGACAAUUUGACAGUAAGUACUUGUACAGCUUUUAUUAAGCCAAGUUAUGUACAAACAAGCAGAAAACAAUCUUGUGAGUCUCCUAAAUCACCAGGUAGCCAAGGGUUAAAUAAAAAAAAAUCUAAUUAUGGAAUGAAAUGCAUAAUACGAAUGCUUUGCUCUUGGAAAGAGUGCCUUUUUAAAGAUGAGGAAUAGCUUUCUUGGAGAUUAUCCUGAUGAGUGCUUUCUUAUUCACACUACUGAUGCUUUAAUCGGUAACACAUGACUGCAUUUUUCUUAAACAGUUGUGGACAUCGGAUACCCAAGGAGAUGAAGCUGAAGCAGGAGAAGGAGGGGAGAAUUAACCAGCCUUCCAAUUUUUGUCUGCCUCAUUCUAAAAUUUACACAGUAGACCAUUUGUCAUCCAUGCUGUCCCACAAAUAGUUUUUGUUUACGAUUUAUGACAGGUUUAUGUUACUUCUAUUUGGAUUUCUAUAUUUCCCAUGUGGUUUUAUGUUUAAUAUUAGGGGAAUAGAGCCAGUUAACAUUUGGGGAAUUUUUGUUCAUCCAAGGUGGCCAAUAUAGGGAUGUGGAAUUUUUAUAAAAGUUUUACAUGUUUGGCAUAGUACUCUUGGUACUUUGUGGCUUCCCACAAAAGCCAAUGUUAAACAGCUUCCUAUGUUGAGCAAAGAAAAAACUGCUUGCAUAUUGGUCUGUCACAGUGGUAAAAAAGGGAUGAUUGGUUGCAACCACGCAGGUGUAGAGAAUGUGGGUACUUCAAAGGUGGAACACAUAGCCGAGGAAAAUUAAUGUCCCAUGGAUAUUACAUGUCAAUCAUGUGAAUCUGUGGAAUCUACAGUCCAAGUAUACAUCUCUGAUUGCAUCUGAAAAGUGUUCCUUAAGGUGGUUUGCUAACCCAAUGAACUUUCUCUAGGGAAGGGCAGAAACGGUUCACAUUCCAUUACUUGUAAAGUUACCUGCUGUUGCUUUCAUUAUUUUUGCUACACAAUUUAUUUGUAUUUAAAUGGUUUAGGCAACCUAAGAACAAAUGUACAAGUAAAGAUGCAGUAAAAAUGAAAUGCUUGAUAUCCAUAAUUACACUGUAUAUCGAGCACAGCAGUAAAACAAAAACCCAUGUAUUUAACUUUUUUAGGGUUUUGCUUUUGUGAUUUUUUUUUUGAUACUUUGCCUAACAUGCAUGUGCUGUAAAAAUAGUUAACAGGGAAAUAACUUGAGAUGAUGGCUAGCUUUGUUUAAUGUCUCCUGAAAAUUUUCAUGAACAAUCUAAGCAUAACUGUUAAGAACAUGUGUAUUAAGUUGAUGUAAGUGGAAUAAAAGUUUUAUGAAUGGACUUUUCAACUACCUUCUCUGUAGCUUUCCUGUACAUCUGGACUCCUUUUCAAAAUAUUUUGCUGUAUUAGAAUCAAUAGUGUAAGAUUAUUUCUGAAGUUGUCUGUAUCCAGUGUCUCCCCCCUCC